GCCACAGCCACCAGCUGUUCCACAUCUGUGCAGUGCUGGGCACCCACUUCCAGCUGGAGGCGGUGCUGGCUGACAUGGGAUCGCGCAGAGCCUGGCUGGCCAGGCAGGAGCCCCCGCUGGGCCUGGCUGGCACGGUGGCCACGCUAGGCUUGGCGGUGGCCGGAAACCUACUCAUCAUUGCUGCUUUCACAGCCUCCCUGCUUCGAGCCCCUGGCACAUGCCCGCUGCUGCAGGGUGGCCCACCGGAGAGGGGCACCCAGGCCAAACGACAGUGAGGCCCCAUCCCUGACCCUGCCCUGGAGGGGGCAGAGACCAGGCCCCAGUGCUGGGGAAGAGCCCAGACCUCGGCCUGAUAGGGUGGGGGCACACCUGAGCCUGGAACCGAGAGGGGCGAGGAGGGAGGGCAGAGGAGAGGAGGGGUGACCCGGGGGAACUAGCAGGGCGUGAGAAGGCCUGCAAGGGGGCUCUUGAUGGGAGGGGGCACGUGCUGAGGGUCUGAGAGGGGAGAGGCCUGUGUGUCCAGGCACUGCUGCGACCGUGCCCUGUCAGCAGCUGUGGUGGGAGGUGCUGGGGCCCUUUCAUCUGGCCCCGUUUCUGGUGCUCCUGGAUGUCUCUGCUCAUCCCGGGGAAGAACUAACAUAACUAACCUAGGCCUGGCCCGAAUGCUUGUUAACCAGGCCAGGAGGCCAUAUGCUUCCCCCGACCCCCAAACCAGGUGGCUUCGGGCUGCCAGCAGCUGUUUGCCUGCAGAGAUGAAGUCUGUCUGUCCUGGUCAUAACUGUAUACUCCAGGUGUCCAGGCUUCUGGGGGUUGGGUCUCUCCAGGUAUGUCACAGAUGGUUCAGUGGUUGAGGAGGGGGAGGGGGCUGGGCUAGAGGGUAAACCCUAGUUAGACUUUAGGAAGCCACUUUCAAUGCUUUCUGGAACAAGGCAGGAACAAAUAAAUCAAUAAACAGACUUUGGGAUGCAGUUUCUGAA